AUGAAUUUCGGAUCGGAUUCUCACUACUUGGCCUCUUCCUACAGGAAGAUCUUCGGGGAGCCUCCCCGCUACUCCUCCCGCCUGGGCAGCUCGACGGCGGGCAGCAGCUACCGCUCGCAGUCGCUGUCCCGCAGCAGCCAUGCCGUCUCGUACCGGCUGGCGCAGGCGGAGAGCCUGGACCUGAGCCAGGCGGCGGCGGUGCACGACGAAUUCCGCCUGACGCGCACCAACGAGAAGGAGCAGCUGCAGGGCCUCAACGACCGCUUCGCCGGCUACAUCGAGAAAGUGCGGCAGCUGGAGCAACACAACCGGCUGCUGGAGACCGAGCUGGGCGCCUUGCGGCAGCGCCACGCCGAGCCCAGCCGGCUGGCCGAGCUGUUCCAGGCCGAGCUGCGCGAGCUGCGCGCCCAGCUGGAGGAGACCGAGGCCUCCCGGGCGCAGGCGGCGCUGGACCGCGAGCGGCUGGCCGAGGAAGUGCAGCGCCUGAGGGCGCACUGCGAGGACGAGGCCCGCGCCCGGGCCGAGGCCGAGCAGGCGCUGCGGGCGCAGCAGCGCGAGGUGGACGGCGCCACGCUGGCGCGCCUGGCGCUGGAGAAGAAGGUGGAGGCGCUGCUGGACGAGCUGGCCUUCGUGCGCAAAGUGCACUCGGAGGAGCUGGCCGAGCUGAGCGCCUCGCUGCAGGCGCCCGCGCUGGCCGCCGUCGAGCCGGACGCCCCCAAGGCCGACCUGACGGCGGCCCUCAAGGAGCUGCGCGGCCAGUACGAGGUGCUGGCGGCCAAGAACCUGCAGGCGGCCGAGGAGUGGUACCGCGGCAAGUUCGCCAACCUGAGCGAGCAGGCGGCGCGCAGCAACGAGGCCAUCCGCGCCAGCCGCGAGGAGAUCGGGGAGUACCGCCGCCAGCUGCAGGCGCGCACCCUCGAGGUGGAGAGCCUGCGCGGCGCCAACGAGUCCCUCGAGCGGCAGCUGCACGAGAUGGAGGAGCGCCACCACGCCGAGGCCGUCGGCUUGCAGGUGAGGGCGCGCGCGCGGGCGGAGGGGGGGGCGCCUUUCCGCGCAGGCGCCGCGUCGUCAUUCUCCGCACCGCGUCCGAGGACACACCUCGUGGCCAGACGCCGUCGAUCGCCUUAGCGCGCUCGCCCCCUAUCGCGCACGUAAGCGCCGCUUCUCCACCCACCCCUCCCCCGGUGGCUUCCGAUCACUAGCCGCAGAAAGCUGCAGGAAACGGAUCUCUGGGUUGGCUCAGGAUGACAGUUGUCGCCUGUCAUGUGCUGAAUUCACAGCAGACUUAAGUCCAGUGGUUGGAAGCCUCCGGCUGCCCUUAGACGCUUGAUAAUCUCGUUUCCAACACAUUCCGUCGGGAUGGGGUAUUAAAACACGCUAGAAGUUUUGCUUUUUGUGCAGGAGUCUUUUAGAAAAGCCAUUCACUGUGCGAGGGUAUCACUUGCAUGCUUAUUUCCCUGGGCGCCUUGAAAGCUCUUAACAGCUUACCAUGGAGCUCCUGACUGUAGUGCAGUUGGGCCCAUAAACAGAAUCUCUUAUCCAUGAAGUGUUUUGAUUGUGUAUCCGUCCGUCCCCCCAGUCUCAUGUUAAUUCUUUGUGCACAUGGGCAUAGCCAGAGGGGGCAGGAGGCAGCUGCCCCCAAAUCAAAACAAAUCUGAGGUUCUGCUCCCACCCUAACAAAAGCCACCCAAAAAUCCUGGCUACACCCCUGGUUGUGCACUGGUUUCAUAUUGAGGAAUAACAGACUUCCACAUCUGGAUACUGUGCCUGCUUAGUGUUUUCACGGUUCCUGGGUUUGAAUAGUGAAAAGGGUGGUGUCAGCCUUGGGACAUCCCUCUCUCUAAUCUGUGAGGAAUUAUACCUCUUCUAACAUCUCCCUGCUUCUUAAGAAGAGUAGGGCUCAGCCUGAACUGAAGCUAAAAGACAGUGGAGGAAACUAUGUCUCUCUCCAUGGUACUGAACAAGAUGCAUUGCAAUCAAUCUACCGUUAGCUAGUGGAGCCAGUAGGAAAAUAUGGUAAAAUAUGGUAUGCUUCUGUUCAGGGUGCCAGCCAGACAUUGGAUCUUCCAGGAUAGUCCAUUACUUUUCUUACUCCUCCUUGCUUUUCCCUCUUGGACAGUCAGCAUUCCUUGGCAACUGAAAAUGCUCUGUCAUCAUUGGGCUGUUGGGGGGAAUACAGUAUGAGGAAUUUUUCGUCUAUAAGUUUCUUGUGCAUGGGAGGUAAUGUUUUGGCUACAUAAAGGAUACACACAAUCUAAGUUAAGCUUGCACCACUCCUCCUUUAACAUAUUGCAAACUGAAGCUAUAUUGCAUUAAAAGAGGAAUUCUAGGAUUGCAUCUUAUGCAGGUGAGUCUGUUGAUUAGUUUGAAAGGCAUACAUAUCAACAGCUAGGGCUAGAAUUAGGGCUGAAAAUUGUGAUGAUUAAAAAAUCCCCCCAAUUAUUUGGCAAUCUUCUGUAAUACAUUUAAACAGGGGAAGCUUUCUUCAUAAGAAAGACUGCCAUAUUAAUAAGCAAAUUUAACGAGUUAAUAACUUACAAGUCCUAUGAUUAAUCAACUAAGAUUUCUAUAAUCAAAUGGCGGCCCUAGUUAGCAACUGUACAGGUGUAGCAGGAGCAUUUACUUGGCCAAGAUUCUGAAUGCAAAUUUGUUAGGGGAAAUGUGUGACUUAAGCAAUGCAGAAAAGCAGCCUCUGAUUCAAUCAGAGAUACAGAAUCAUUGCUGCAAAUACUUGACACUGAGCUUUUUGUUGUUGUUUAGUCGUUUAGUCGUGUCUGACUCUUCGUGACCCCAUGGACCAGAGCACGCCAGGCACUUCUGUCUUCCACUGCCUCCCGCAGUUUGGUCAGACUCAUGUUUGUAGCUUCGAGAACACUGUCCAACCAUCUCGUCCUCUGUCAUCCCCUUCUCCUUCUGCCCAACAUCAGGGUCUUUUCCAGGGAGUCUUCUCAUGAGGUGGCCAAAGUAUUGGAGCUUCAUGAUCUGUCCUUCCAGUGAGCACUCAGGGCUAAUUUCCUUAAGAAUGGAUGCGUUGGAUCUUCUUGCAGUCCAUGGGACUCUCAAGAGUCUCCUCCAGCACCAUAAUUCAAAAGCAUCAAUUCUUCGGCGAUCAGCCUUCUUUAUGGUCCAGCUCUCACUUCCAUACAUCACUACUGGGAAAACCAUAGCUUUAACUAUACGGACCUUUGUUGGCAAGGUGAUGUCUCUGCUUUUAAGAUGCUGUCUAGGUUUGCCAUCGCCUUUCUCCCAAGGAGCAGGCGUCUUUUAAUUUCGUGACUGCUGUCACCAUCUGCAGUGAUCAUGGAGCCCAAGAAAGUAAAAUCUCUCACUGCCUCCAUUUCUUCCCCUUCUAUUUGCCAGGAGGUGAUGGGCCCAGUGGCCAUGAUCUUCGUUUUUGAUGCUGAGCUUCAGACCAUAUUUUGCGCUCUCCUCUUUCACCCUCAUUAAAAGGUUCUUUAAUUCCUCCUCACUUUCUGCCAUCAAGGUUAUGUCAUCUGCAUAUCUGAGGUUGUUGAUAUUUCUUCCGGCGAUCUUAAUUCCGGCUUGGGAUUCAUCCAGCCCAGCCUUUCGCAUGAUGAAUUCUGCAUAUAAGUUAAAUAAGCAGGGAGACAAUAUACAGCCUUGCUGUACUCCUUUCCCAAUUUUGAAUCAGUUGUUCCAUAUCCAGUUCUAACUGUAGCUUCUUGUUCCACAUAGAGAUUUCUCAGGAGACAGAUGAGGUGAUCAGGCACUCCCAUUUCUUUAAGAACUUGCCAUAGUUUGCUGUGGUCAACACAGUCAAAGGCUUUUGCAUAGUCAAUGAAGCAAAAGUAGAUGUCUUUCUGGAACUCUCUAGCUUUCGCCAUAAUCCAGCGCAUGUUUGCAAUUUGGUCUCUGGUUCCUCUGCCUCUUCUAAAUCCAGCUUGCACUUCUGGGAGUUCUCGGUCCACAUACUGCUUGAGCCUUCCUUCUAGAAUUUUAAGCAUAACCUUGCUAGCAUGUGAAAUGAGUGCAAUUGUGCGGUAGUUGGAGCAUUCUUUGGCACUGCCCUUCUUUGGGAUUGGGAUGUAGACUGAUCUUCUCCAAUCCUCUGGCCACUGCUGAAUUUUCCAAACUUGCUGAGCUUUUGGUAUAUGUGAAAUAAAGGUGCCCUUUAUACAUUGCUGGUGUGAACCUUAUUCCUUAAACAGAUCCCAAAUGGCUGGGGUCUUCAUCUGAAUUUACAAAUUUGGUGCACUAUAGCUGUAAGGGUAGCUAUCUCUGAUCAUCACCCACUUCUCCUCCAGCAGUGUGUGCUUGUGGAGGGGGCGGCAGAAUCCAGAGAAAGUCCUCCAAGGAUAAAUAAUAAUACUUGAAUAGCUUCAUAUAGGAGAGGGUUGUGUCUGUGUUCUGGAACACUGAGAGAAAUCCCAUCCAGUUUUCCACAUAGGGCUUCAUGGUGGUCAUACCCAAAAAGCUGUCAUGCAGGCUUAUACAUGUUUUAAUGGUAGACCUGAAUUUGCAUGUUGUUUUGUGAAAAUGCAUAUACAAUAUUGCUGAUUUUGCCACAGUUCCAUUCUAAGAGGAAAAGAAGCUACCCAGCAACAUCUUUGGCUUUAAAAUAUCAGUUUUAUAUCUGUCCGUCUGAAUUACAGGACACUGUCAAUCAGCUGGAGAGUGACCUGAGAGACACAAAAAGUGAAAUGGCUCGGCAUCUGAGAGAAUACCAAGAUUUGCUCAAUGUCAAAAUGGCCCUGGAUAUAGAGAUAGCAGCAUACAGGUAACAGUGACUAUCAAAGCCCUGCUUGCCUGUUGGUUAUGUAAACAGCAUAGCACCAAAAUAGGCUGUGAUGAAAACCAACCCUAUCCUAGUGGCUGGUGGGAGUCAAUUUAGCGCUGCUCACUAGGAAGCUUUACCAUCAUUUUGCAUUGAUGGUAAUGCAAUGUAUUUAAAGUAGAUAAAGUAUAGUAAGACUAGGUGUUUUCAGUAUACAUUUUAUAAAUCAAAUUAACAUAUUCUAGUUCAUAUUGUGACACCUAAAAUAAUAAUGGAUUUUUUUGUGGGAUAAGCUUUUAUAGCUUAUACGAAAGGUGAGGCACCCGUGGCCGCCUAGAAGUUGGUUCCAAUUCCCAUCAGCCCCAGCCAGCAUGGCUUAUAGUCCAGCAAUACCUGGAGGGCCAUAGGUUCUCUACCUGUGGUUUAUAUCAUAAUACAUUUGUUGGUCUUUAAGCAGCUACAAGACUUUUAGUCUGCUGCAGCAUAAAAGAACACCCCUCUGUAAGACGUGGUUGUAAGUAACAGGGUAUAGUUUAUGCUCUUAAAAGCUGCUGUGUCUUCCUACAGAAUCCCUUAAGUAGAGGAAAUAGCAUAUGUACAGAUGCCACAGCCUCUGACACCUCUCAUUUGAUCAUGCCUGACAGUAGGUCUUUUACCCAACUCCACACCGCACCUAUGAGUUGUAUUCUUCAUGAUUGCCACUAAAUUUGGCAGCAGCUGCAGUUUAUAAAUUGCCUUUCAAAGGCAGCCCCACAUAUAAUGCACUGCAGUAAUCUAACCUAGAGGUUACCAAAGUGUGGACAGCAUAUGUACAGAUAGCAGCAUAGCUGAGCCACCUACAUAAGCUGAUGGAAGGCAUUCUACAUCACUGAGGUCACCUGAGCUUCAAGCACCAGUGAUGGAUCCCAAGUUAUGUUCCUGCUCCUUCAGAGUGAGUGUAACCCCAUUAAGAGCAGGCCAGCUCUAAUUCAUCCAGUCUAGGGAAACACGCACUAACAGUUCCUCAGUCUUAUCUGGAAUGAACUUCAAUUGAGUGUCCAUUAUUGAGGCAAGACAUUGGUCCAACACAUCUACUGCCACACUUGUAGAUGUCAAUGAGAAGUAGAGCUCUGGGUCAUCAGAAUAUUCCUGACUACAUGCUCAAGAUUCUAGGUGACCCUACUUAGUGAUUUCAUAUAGAUGUUAAACAACAUGGGGGAUUUUUUUUAAAUCUGCAAAUAUUUUCAAAUUCCGGUGGGUCUUUGGGGCAUGAAAAAAUGCUUGGUUACUCACCCCUCUUUUAGUCUUCUCCUGCUUUUAACCAACAUAGGGACUAGAAAUGGUCCCACCUCUUCAUAAAUGUGCUUAAUCCUGGAUUGAACCCCAAAUAAUAAUAAUCUCUCCUUCUCUGGUGUUUACAGGAAACUGCUGGAGGGUGAGGAGACACGUUUUAGCACUUCAAGCAUCAGCAUUUCAUCAAUGAAUCCCCCUUCCAACCCCACUUACUCCUUCCAGCCCAGGUUCUUCAGUUCCUCUAUGGCCAGCAGUUCCAAAAUAUCCCCCACUUUCUCUUUUAAGAAAGAGGAGAAAGAAGAGGCUAAAUUGGCUUCAAAAAUCUCAUCAAGCCAAGUAGGGGAAGCCUUUGCUGAAAUGAUUGAGGAGACCAUAACAUCCACUAAGAAAACUGAACGAACAAAUCUGGAAGAGGGGGGUGCUGCAAACCAAAAAGUGUAACCUUUCACCUUAAGUACAAUGAACCUUUAAGGAGGGAACAAUAUAGCUUAGACCUUUAAAUUGCCUAUGCCUGAAUUAAGGUGCUUACCAGCUCAUGUACACAUAAAGUUCUAAUGUUUCACAUCACUAGACUAGUUUAGUAAGAGCACCACAUCCAGAAUCACUAGGAGGAAAGAAAGGGGAGGGGGCUCAAAGUUUGAUUAUUUUCCGGGGGCGGGGAGGGACUCUAUAGGAAAACUAGUUGGCAAACUGCAGAGUUAUGUAAUAGCCAGAUCUCACAAUUUCUAAAUUAAGCAAAGAGGGAAGUCUCAGAAGUGCAGCUAGUAGAAAAAGUUAAAACCUACACAUUAUAGUUAAUGACUCAGGGCUCCUUCAUGAUGUCUGACUUAAUUGCUGAACCUGCUAUUCAGAAUCAGUUGAAAAGUGAACCUCCUUCACAGGUAAGAUACAAAAUAUCCAGCAAUUGCACCUUGUCAGGGAAGUGCAGAUUAAUCUUCGUUACCCGCCUCUUGAAGGCAAGUAAUUAGAUGAUUUAUUCUGUUUCCAGUUCUUCUGGACCACAGGGGUAGAGAAAACAGGGCAUUUUGUUUGCCUUGCUGUGUGGUUGGUGUACUCUAGAAAGAAGCACAAUGCAUUCAAAAAUACUUGGUGGAAGCUACUGACAUUUAUAAGGUGCAAAUGUCUUUAGGAAGAUAAAUACUAAGCCACACAAUAACUGUGGACCAACUUUCUGUACCAAUGCACAUGGGAGCUCUCUGUCAUAUGAUAGCACAUAGUGAAGAUGCACUUAAAUAUAUCUUUGUUAUCUCACUAGCUAAACCUGGUGCAUUCUUCCUUUUUUUAAAAAAAAAACCUACAUGAUAAAUUUUUUUGGAGUAUUAGAGCCCUGUUUUUCUGUUAGAAGCAUGGACAGUCAUUUCUGUGAUUACAUUGUGAACCAUUGUUCUGUCCAUUUCACUUUGUGCCAUAUUUGUAGAUUUAAAAUAGUAAUUGCUUACAAUCAGUAGUGCCAGCAAUUUAAGAAUAAAGGAAACAGGUGUGUUGUAAUCAGUUCCUAGAUUUUAGCUUUAGCCUUGUAUGAAAAUAAGGCUAAAAGAAAAAAGAUCCGCUCUCUUGAGUUUUCUAGAGCACAGAUUCCUAACGUCGUUUCAAAAGCUUAGAUAUCUGCUAUUUCCUAUUGCCACAAUCGGCAACUCAAAACCAUGGAUAUCCUGGCUUUUGAUUCACCAUUAGAAAAGGAGUGUAGAAUUAUGCCAGCUGCUUAUUUCUCUAUUAUGGAAAGCAAUAUGGGUUCUAUGUGCUGUAUUAGAGACAAAGUUUGUUAAUAACAUACUAUUAAGGUAUUUUUUCUUAAUGUAUUUUCUUAAAUGUACUCACUGCCACAUGAUAACCUCACCAGUGAAUUGUAGUGGUUCUUCUGACUUUUCUCUAAUAGACUUAGAGGAGCAUAUUUGUUAGCCUUGCCAGCCAGACUUGGAAAUGAUGCAGCUACACACAUACACAGAAUCACUUCUGCUUGGUAAACUGGUGCUGUAGACUGAUUAAUGAAAUUCUGACCAUUUCAAGACACUGGCAGACUAAAUUCACAUGUUUGCAAACAAGUAGAGUCACAGGAGGAAAGAUUCACACCUACUAUUUUCUCAAAAAAGAAUCCUGAUAAGAUAGAAUCCAAUCCUCCAUCUGGAUCUGCUAACCUUCAGUGUACCUUUUCAGUCUACCAUUUGAAUAUGUGCCAAGUUUUAUAUAGAACUUACUAGUGUGGAUUUUCUUUCAAUGCCUUAAAAUUGCCAGCAGAAUUUGCUUUCUGCAGAAGCUGAAGAUUGUGUGUUAUUGUGAUGUGUUUGCAUUAAUGCAUCCUGCCACAAGGUUUGAUCACACAAAACCAUCGUGUCAUAUCAGUUUCACUGCAAUAGUUUCCUGAACUAAGAGAAACUGUUUUGCUCACAUUCUUUCCUCUUCUUCUGUAAGGCACAAAUAAAUAAAGAUGACAUGUCUUGAGGCAGCCUGUU